AUGGAUGCCGCGGCAAAAGCCAGAGCUUUCUAUGAAAAUGCGAAGCUGUGCAUGUUCUUUCAUGCUGAGAAUGGCAACACGAAAGAGUUCGAGAUGUACCUUGAUGCCGUGGAAGAUGCAAACGUGAGGGAUGACUUUGGCCGGACACCCUUGCACAUUGCGGCUCUCAUGGGCCAUGUGGACAUCGCAAAGAUUCUCUUGGAGUUCCGUGACUGCAAUGUCAACGCAGUGGACAGCCAUGGUCGUACACCUUUGGGCGUGGUUUUACAAAACGGCGACACUAGAACCGCGGAGCGCGCGCAGAUUGCAGAGCUGCUGCGUGAGCACAGGGCCAUCGAGGCCACGUCUUACACCAAGAUGGGGCCCACGGGCCCUGAGGUGAAGCUGAAGGUUUUGGGAAACCCGCUCAUCCCUGUGCCGAGCCAGGAAGCUUGCAGCUACUACGGCGAGGGCCGGUCGCAGAGCAGUCGGCCGGGGAAGCCCUGCAUCCCACCGCCGCCAUUUUGGCCCUACAAAGGCCUCACAGAGUGGAAGACUGAGCUCGGCAGCCGUGCAUUGGCAGCUGUGACGCCAUUGGAAGAGCUUACCGGUCGAUGCGGUGGAUAUUACCUUUUCGGCGACCAGACUUGGUGCAACGAAGCCUUUGAUGGUUCCCAUGGCUAUGGCAAGAUUGGCUUGUCCUUUGGCAUUGAGGAGCGGGACAUUUGGGGGGAGCUCGUGACGCAGAAAUUCGGGCUGCCCGUCAAGCUUUUCGAUUGUUUCAUUGAGCCAGAGAAGUCUCCACCAAUUGCUGGCACCCCGCCCAACGGCACCAAGUGCCCCAAAAACCACGUGGGAGAGCCAAAGUUGGACUACAUUUGCUACGGGGCGCCUUACCAGUCCUUCCGGCUUUGCCUGGCAGGGCAGGAAGUGAAAGUUGAUGGCCGGAUGUAUGGCACUCUGGAGGCGGCGAGCCGGGACGACGCGGCAGAAGCAUUCCAGCUGCUGCGUCGCGGCGCCGUCCGUGCAGAUAGCAGUCAUGCAGAGUUGCUGCUGGAGCUCGAGCACAAGCGCCAGGUGAUGACUUUCCUUGCCGAGUUCUCCCAGAGCCGGAAGUGCCACCGACGGCAAGCGAGCAGCGUGUUCCGGAUCCUGUUGAAAGAGCAGGUCUGGCGAGAUGCGGCUGAGGAGGCCUCCAUUUUGGACAUGUUGCCAGAGGACAUGCGGGACGUGCGGGAGCUGCUCGGCGAGAAGCCGACCCCGGGCAAGGCGCACGCCGUGCCGCAUGGCAGGAGCUCAGCUUUAGAGGCGGUGCUUGAGGCGACAGCGGAGCUGCAGCAGCUGGACUUCCAGUGCGAACCGCAGGCCGCCGCGGCGGAGGCCCUCACAAAGCUCUGUCAAGCGGUGGCCCUCAUCGUUCAGUUCCAGGCUGAGGAGCUGCCAGAGCUGGCGAAGCUGGAGCCAAAGUCGCAACUGCUGCAUUUCCUUUUCGCUGCUCACGGCUCCUUCCCCUACCACCAGCACCAGGUUCUUCGAGCUCUGGAGGAGUUGCUGGCCAUAGAUGCCUGGCGGGACGCAGCUGAAAGAGAUGAAGACCUCAUGGAAAGCCUCCGCACCCUGCAUGUCGCCUACACCACCCCUAGCUCACGCGCGUCUUCGACUGAGGAGCUGAUGGCCCAGCCGCAUUUGUGCGCGAGGUGGAUGUGGCAGGAUGCUGGGAAGCGGUAUGGGGGCAUCAUCGGGGCUGGUUUGGCGCGUCUCAACCCAACUCGCUGGAGUCAGGCACUUUGUAUUGAUGAUACCAUUGCCGACCUUAGCCAAUAUUUGGAAGGUUCACAUCGCGACCGGCCAGUGAGAAUUGAGAUCGUGGGCGACGGGCGACGAAGAGUAGAAGCGAGCAGUGUGCACGACGCAGUGCAGACACUGCUCAUUGACAACCCUGAUGAAUGGGACAAGGUCAGGACACUGGACAUGGAGAUCCACUUCGGGUUCGGCUCUGCAGCCGAGCUCUCACAGUUCAAGGCCUUGGACCUCCAACAGAAGUUGACUCGACAGGUUCAAAUCAUGGAGGGCCUGACGCGAAGAUUCUAUUGCACAGGUUCCACCCUGGAAGUCUACAGGCAAGGAUGGAGCCCACAGGACAACUGCGGCACAGAGCCAUGCCACGAGCCCCCUAUCUACUUGCCCAACGCCUUCUCUGUCACUGCCUUCGCCGUGAGCUAUGUGCACAAGGAGCUUGUGGGCUAA